CCCUCCUCUCCCUCCGCGGUGCAGCUACGCCUCUCGCCUGUCUCGGCAGCAGUGUAGUAGUAAUCUGCCUGCCGCGCACUGAGCUUGCAUUUUGUGUCAAGGUGCCACCGGGAGAAGGGCGACAGACUGCUGCGCGUCAGGGGAUACCAGUCACCAUCCGCACGGUUCAAGCGACAUCCAGCCGCGGGCAAUGACAUUAGCAGACUGAAGUGGGAAUACACGAGAAAACGCAAAAAUGACGGUGGACUUUGAAGAAUGUAUAAAAGAUUCACCCCGAUUCAGGAAUAACAGAUGAGAGGUCACAACCUGUCGGUGCAGUCAGGGUGCUUUUUGAUAGAGGCAGCCCUCAAACCCGACAUUCGGUGGGAAAGGGCUGGCAUUGAUGAUGUGGAGACAGAUGUGGUGGAGAUUGAGGCAAAGCUCGACAAGCUGGUGAAGCUGUGCAGCGGGAUGAUCGAGGCCGGCAGGACCUAUGUCAGCGCCAACAAGCUCUUUGUGAACGGCAUCAAGGACCUGUCCCAGCAGUGCAAGAAGGAGGAGACGAUAUCGGAAUGCCUUGAAAAGUGUGGAGAAAGCCUCCAGGAGAUCGUCAACUACCACAUGAUUUUGUUUGACCAGGCUCAGCGGUCCAUCAAGCAGCAGCUUCACACCUUCAUUAAAGAGGAUGUGCGUAAGUUCAAAGACACCAAGAAGCAGUUUGACCGGGUGCGUGAGGACAUGGAGCUGGCCCAGGUGAAGAACGCCCAGGCACCCAGGAACAAGGUGCAUGAGGCUGAAGAGGCCACACAGGCCCUCGUCCUCAGCCGCAAAGCCUUCAGGCACCUGGCCCUAGACUACGUGCUACAGAUUAAUGUUCUUCAGGCCAAGAAGAAGUUUGAAAUCCUGGAUGCAAUGCUGUCCUUCAUGCGUGCCCAGUACACUCUGUUCCAACAAGGCUUUAACAUCUUGGAUGAGAUUGACCCCUAUAUGAAAAAACUGGCUGCGCAGCUGGAUCAGCUGGUCAUCGACUCGGCCAUGGAGAAGAGGGAGCUGGAGCACAAACACGCCCUCAUCCAGCAGAGAACUCUGAUGCAGGACUUUUCUUAUGACGACCCCAAGUUGGAAUUCAAUGUGGAUGCACCCAAUGGUGUGGUCAUGGAGGGCUACCUCUUCAAGAGGGCCAGCAACGCAUUCAAGACCUGGAACAGGCGGUGGUUUUCUAUACAAAACAGCCAGUUGGUCUACCAAAAGAAACUCAAGGACUCUUUGACGGUGGUGGUGGAGGACCUGAGGCUGUGCUCAGUCAAACCAUGCGAAGAUAAUGAGAGGAGGUUCUGCUUCGAGGUGGUUUCACCCACUAAGAGCUGUAUGCUGCAGGCUGAGUCUGAGAAGCUGCGGCAGGCUUGGAUCCAGGCAGUCCAGGCGAGCAUCGCCUCUGCUUACAAAGACAUCGCCGACAAUUAUUACACUGAGCGUUUGGACCGGACAGCCUCGCCCUCCACCAGCAGCAUCGACUCUGCCAGCGAGCCCAGGGAGAGGGCUGAUAGGGGAGUUCGGGGAGGUGGGGAAAGCCUGCUCCAGAGGGUACAGAGCCUGCCAGGCAACGAGCUGUGCUGUGACUGCAGCCAAACGGCUCCCUGCUGGGCCUCCAUCAACCUGGGAGUGCUGCUCUGCAUCGAGUGCUCCGGGAUCCACAGGAGUUUAGGCGUCCAUUGCUCUAAAGUGCGUUCACUGACGUUAGACUCAUGGGAGCCAGAAUUACUCAAGCUGAUGUGUGAAUUGGGGAACACUGUGAUCAACCAAAUUUAUGAGGGAGCAUGCGAGGAGCUGGGAGCUAAAAAACCUGGACCGUCCAGUUCAAGACAGGAGAAAGAGGCCUGGAUCAAGUCUAAAUACGUGGAGAAACGCUUCCUGAAGAAGAUGAGUGGGAGCGAGGCGUUAGUGGAGGGUGAAAGGAAGUCCCAGCCCUGGGCAGUGAAGAAGUGCCAGCGACACAACAGCUCUGUUCGGGCCCCCAACAAGGCUCGCAGGAAAUACCAUCGCUACGAGCCGGGCAGUGCUUCACCUGCAAACCUUUCAGCAGUAGCAGCAGCAAAGUUUCGCCGGGACUCCCUUUUCUGUCCAGAUGAGCUGGAUUCACUAUUUUCCUACUUUGACACUGGCUCUGGUCCUCGCAGUCUCAGCAGCGACAGCGGCCUGGGAGGAAGUACUGACGGCAGCACAGACAUCCUGGUUUUUGGCUCGGUGGUGGACAGUGUCACAGAAGAAGAGGAGGAGUCAGAGGAGUCCUCCAGUGGUGAGGUGGAGAUCGAACAGGAAGUAUCUUCGGACCCCGAAGACCCGAGGGAGCUUCACCCCGGGGCGCUCCUCCACCGAUCUUCCCGCCUACACAACCUGCCACUAAUGGCAGAGGCUUUGGCACAUGGUGCUGACGUACACGCUGCAAGUGAGGAGGAGGAGGCGAAGACGCCACUCAUUCAGGCUGUGAUUGGGGGCUCUCUGAUAGCUUGUGAGUUCCUGCUACAGAACGGAGCCGAUGUAAACCAGAGAGACAUGAGAGGCAGGGGCCCGCUGCACCACGCCACCUACCUGGGACACACUGGUCAGGUGUGUCUGUUCCUGAAGAGAGGAGCAUCACAGACGGAGGUGGAUGAGCAGGGCCAUGACCCCCUAAGUAUCGCUGUCCAGGCCGCCAACGCAGACAUCGUCACCCUAUUGCGUCUAGCGCGGAUGAACGAGGAGAUGCGAGAGGCGGAGGCUCCCUUGGGUCAACCAGGUCAAUAUCACAGCAGCAGCCCCACUGAGCAGCAGUAUAGAAAGUGCAUCCAGGAAUUCAUCUGCCUCACCAUAGACGAAUGCUAGUUGUCCCUUCUGUAUCCAGGAGCGCAACUUGUGCUCUCUCUUUAUAUAUAUAUAUAUAUAUAUAUAUAUAUAUAUAUAUAUAUAUAUAUAUAUAAUAUAUAAUUUUCCUCCUGACUGGGAACGUAAAAUAAUCGUGUAGGCGAAAUACCCCUAGACACUGAUCUCAAGUCUGUUACUUACAUAGUUCUAGGCUCACGGGCAACUUCUUGGGGGUGUCUGAGGGAAGAGGAGCGUACCACUUGCUCAUUAUGGGGCGUUGGGUCGUAGGGAGACCCCUGAUGGACCUUUUUAACUCUACUGACAAUACAGUCACCACCUACAUUUUUCUGCAUCACCACUAUGUUUCUGCUUGCCAUUACUCAGCACCACCCAUGCUAUGCUGGCUACAUGACACACACAGUAAAAUGGCAUCUGCUUUUUGGUGUUUUGCUAACAGGGUUAGGGUGUAACCUCUUGUGUGUGGGUUAACUGUUGGCUAACAGCUCUUCGCUGCAUUAACCCCCUACACUUUAUAUCUAUCCACCAUCUGUGACCAUCCAAUUUGCCCAUCUCUUCUUAUUUGGAGAUGUAAAUAUAAAUAUUUAGAAGUAUUAUGGGUAAUCUUUAACUAUGUGCUGUGGCAUGAGGUGAAAAAAAAGGUAUUUGUUCCAUUACUAAAAGAAAAAGAGUAACUGACAAGCUAUAGAAGAGGUGGGCAGAGUAGUUUACUGUGUAUAAAGAGGGGUCAGGAAAGGAAAUUUAAUGUAAAACUGUGACAAAAAUACUGAAGGGCUUGUGGAGAAGAGACCCUUGCCUGCUUUGUAAGAUACUUUGUGACAUGAUGAGUGAGUGAGUGAGUGACAGGAGAGUAAAUGAGUGCAUGUGUCAAAGAAUACUCAGAGUUAAAUCAUAUGAUAUUAUGAUACAUUAUGUAAAGGAAAAAAAAGAAACUGUGCACUUUUCCCAUCUACAGUAUUAUAAUUUUGUUUAUUUUCAUUCAGUUAGCUUUUACAUUGUUCUUGUCUAGCCCAGUUAUUGUCUGUCUAUCUGUUGUCUAUUUUAUUUAUGUCUUUUAAUUUAUGUUUAUCUCCCCAGAGGUCCAGUGCAAUGCAUUCUUUGAUGCAGGUUACUUCUGCAUUUCUGUUAAUGACCAUUUGGUAAUUUAUAUCUGAAAGCAUUGCUUGACAUUUAUGACAGGGAGUCUUUAGAUUACAUAAUGUAAUAGCACUCAUAAAAGACAUUUUGCUUUCAUUUUCCCUUUGGAAAGGCCUUACAUUGCUAUGAGUAAGAUUAAUGGCAUUCAAACAUACCACUGAAAGAAAUUUUACUAGAGAUUCUAAUUAAUUAAAUUGCAGUCAUUUGUUGUUCACUAGUGACAAUGAGAAGUUGUGAAGUCCAGGCAAACCAGAGCAACAAGUCUUGCAGUGUAACGAGGGAGUGUUUAAAACUGGAUUUGUGUCUCACCAUUACACAAGUCUUCUAUUCACUGCCUUUUUCAGAACAAAGGUGACACCUCCAUGUUGUUGUAAAUACUCAUGUUACAAUAUCUGUGGUAAGAUAAAGGAGCACAUUUCUUUAGAACAGUUUACACACUUAUGGGGUCAAAUGACGCAUAUAUCUGGCCUCCCUCACUGGUCAAUGCUUACAGUAUUCUCUGCAUGCUUUGCCAGAGUUCUUUUUGGGAGCUUCAACAUUGUUUGCAUUCUGAGCAUGAUAAAAUAUUUUUCAGUGGUUUGAUCACGUCGUGCAGUGCAGUCCUGUGGAAUAAGCAUGUACCACCAUGACCCCUCUGGUGUUUCUUACUUUUUGCACCUCUGUGCCAUUCUUACAUCCACGGACCAAAUCUGUGGUGACUUCCUCAUUCCUCUUUCUUUUCUUUUUUUGUUUCCACAAAAAAAGCUUAGUAACAGUGAUUUGAAUUAUUUUUUGUAUGUUGUGGUUUAUUUUCCUCUGCCAAAGAAUUUUUAAAGGGAAAGUGUCUGACAUUGUUGUUUUUUUUUUUUUAAACUGACACUGUUCAGAGUAGAUACAGCAUAGUCUUACCAUGCUUUGUGAAGUAACAGAGUGGUAGAAACACUGUUGGUGUACUCACAUGUUCAAAAGAGGUUACAGAAAUGUGACAGAUCUGAGAGAUUUUGAUAUGGCAGGUGAUAUUCUGCAAUAGUUCAAUGUACUGCAAGUAGAACCAGUCUAGGGGGUGAUGUGAUGCUACUGUGACCAAACUGUUAAGGGCCCUUGCCCUAGCCGAAUUAUUAAAUGUUGUAUCCUUUGUGUAUAUUGACAUAGGAGUGGUUAAAGGUGCUGUUCAAAGCAAACAUGCUGUAAAUAGUACACUUGUGUAUUUUAACUCUACGCCAACUGCCUGCCUCUCAGCAUUCAAUCACAGAGCCUGACUGUCUGAUCUGUUUAUGUUUGUCUUUUUAUUCUCUUCCAAAAAACAACCUGUCAGGCCGAACUGUAACACAGUUCUGCUCUACUCGGAGGCGUUCUUCUGUUCACUGACAUUUGGAUAUCUUUGGAAUACUUUCUUCCUUGUCUUUAGAAGCACUGAUGGGGGAGGGGAGAGAAAACAAAAUGCAUACAAUAAAACUGAGAAUCUCUUGAUGAACUAA